AUGCCUGUCCUUGAAGGUAGACUGUACUUUACGUGCCUGCGUUCAAGCCCUGUGUCGGAUGAAGAGUACAAGUACUUCACGAUGAACAAGAAACUGCGAUAUGCACCAUUUUGCGCUGAUUUUGGUCCUUUCAAUCUGGGAACAACCCACCAUUUCUGUGACAUCUUGAUGACCUUGCUAUCUGACAAGGCCUACGAGAAGAAAAAGAUCGUCUUUUACUCAGCCAUGGAGAAAGAGCAUGUGACAAAUGCAGUAUAUCUUUUGGGAGCAUUUCUUGUCCUUAACAUGGGUGCUUCUGUUCUUGACGUAAUGCACAUUUUCUCUGGUUUGCCACGGGGGGUUCUGCGACCUUAUCGCGAUGCUACAUGGGUCAAGAGUACCUAUGACCUCAAGUUGGAAGACUGCUGGUCCGCUUUGAUCAAAGCCGUUGCGGCAGGACUUUACAAGCCUGCUGAGUUUCACAAGGAAGAGUACUUCUAUUACGAGGACCCCUGCAAUGGAGACAUGCAUGAGGUGGUUCCCGGCAAGUUCUUGGCGUUUCGAGGGCCGAGGGGGAAGCGGACGAGCAACGAUGCGUUGUGCUUCAUCCCUUCAGACUACUUCGAAGUUUUCCGAUGCCAUGACGUCAGCACAAUCGUGCGAUUGAAUUCCGCUGAGUAUCCCAAGGAAGAAUUUCUGAAAGGAGGGUUCGAACACCACGACCUCGUGUUUCCAGACUGUACCAUACCUCCUGCACAGGUGAUUGACCGAUUCCUUAGGAUAGCGGAAAACACAAACAAGACCAUUGCUGUGCAUUGUCUUGCAGGAUUAGGAAGGACGGGAACUUUAAUCGCUAUUUACAUCAUGAAGCAUUACACCUUCACAGCAGCGGAAGCCAUUGCUUGGGUGAGAAUCUGUCGGCCGGGCAGUGUGAUUGGCCCUCAGCAGAAUUUCUUGGAAGACAUUCAGGACAUACUGCAUGAGAUGGGCCGGAAGAGGAUUGGGGGUUUCAACGCUGACAUCAGCAAACGGGAAUCAGAAUACGGGGACAAGGAGUAUUCUGAGAAGCUGGCCUACAUGAUUACAGAAAGUAUCAACCACAGGGGCAUGCACAUGAAUCAUAGGACGGAGUCCAAUCAGAGCGAUCAAGAUAACAGAGAUGUCAGCAACAACCAUGCGGAGGAGCAGGUCGAUAGCAGAGGUUGCAAACCAAAGGGAAGUCCGCCGCUUGAAGGAUUGGAGCGCGUGUGUACAUUUUAA